GUCAACCUUCUGCAUCGAUUCCGAAUUGGGCUGCGAUGUGCGGCAUUGAUGUUCCGUUCGCUACUACGCGUUUCGGCCCAUUGCGCACCGGGGACGGCGGCGGGAGAGCGGGUGGUCGAGAGGAGCGCCGGCCGGGCGGCGUCCCCGUUGCCUAGCGACGCGAGCCCCGGCGCUGGCGGCGACGGCGGCCUCCGCCCCUCCCCGCAGCCAGCUCGACGGCCAGCGUUCGUUCUCCUCGCCGGAGGCAGCGGCGGCGGUGGCGGCGCUGGAGGCGGCGGCGGCGAGCUCAAAUUAGGAGAGGUCACCGCACGUGAAAGAACAGGAGCAAGACACAGCGGCCCCAAGUUCAAGCUCUGCGGGAGAUGGGGCGAAAUGGCCGCGGAAGGAGACAACCAUUAUUCUCCCAAGUUGGGGCGUGUCCGCGUCGCGCGGGAGAUACUGCUAUAUACACAAUUUCACCAUCUUUUUGCUGAAUAA